UGAAGAUACAAGACGAGCGAGGUAAAGUAGAGGCAACAGACAUCAAAGGAGUCGUGCAGUUCGUUGAGAGUUCCAAAUUGGGCGAACAAGAAGCAUGAGUCGGUUGUGUACGGCGUUGUCUCGUUAUCGGUCUCGUAGAAUGACUUUGGAACAGCAUCAUUUUAAACUACCGCAAAAAUGUAACUCGUCCUGAUGAUGCCGAAAGUGCAAAAUGAUGCGCUCGUACCGCUGAAGAGGAAAUUGCAAAAUAAUAGCUUGACCACGAUGCUCUGUUUCAAGUCGUCCUCUGUUGAGAGCGUUCUUGUAGUCGUGUGGUGCUCGUUCACUAUAAUAUAUUGGUGUCGGUUCGUUCACGUGAGGUCGUACUACAGCACAAAGAGCGUAACCGUAAAACUCGUACUACCACCUACGUACUCUAGCUUGUUCAUCGUUGGGAAUUUGAAACCACUCCACUAUUCCGUCCACAUUGUGAGCCCGUUUGUAUCUCCCUACAAACCCAUUGUCAACUCAUUUAAUCUGCAAUCAGCAGUAAAACUACGAGCAAUUCGUUUGCUUCCCACAAAAUCUCCCCAAUCUCUUAACUACUCGCAAAACCACUUUGCAACGCAGCAACUCGCACGUUGUUUAUUCAACUACUAAAACCACAAAACAGCACCAGACGUUUUUUCGACAAUAAACAAGAACAAAUCACACCUUCGGGAGGUUUUGUUCGUCGCGGCUUUACAGCUAGAACACUCCAAGAGGAAAAAUCGCUUAAGAAACCUUCCCAAAACACCCCACAUCGAAGAUGUUCGACAAAUACGAGCUUGGGUGCUACGACAUGACCUUCAACUUGGUCUACCCGGACGAGGCGCAAGAGCCGGUGGAGUACGUCCCGAAGAAGACGUGGCUGAAGUUCCGCCUCUCCAAGUAUGUGCGCCUCCCGAAGCUGCCGAAGAUGCCGGCCCUGCCGUCGCUGCGCAAGCCCAUGGCCAAGUCCAAGUCGCCGAUGAAGUCGCCCAGGAAGUCCCCCUCUCCCCGCCGUUCCAUUGCGGACGAGCCGGUAGAUAUUGAGUUUGUGGUAUUGAUUUUGGUUUGUUCACCUUGAUCUUCACAUAAUGGUUCAAUCGAUAGCGCGUGACAGGACUAGGACAAGGAGACGUGCAUUUGCAUUUACAGAAAGAGAAAAGAAGUCUAGAUUGUUGUUCUGCAACACAAUAUACCUCAUGCAAAGUAGAUCCAAGACCAGCAUUUUAGAUAGCGGAAUGUUGAAAAUCCAAACCUUAACACCAGGACGAGCUUUCGGAGAUCGACGAGGCUGCUGCGUUCGCUGCUCUCCCGGCCUACCGGCCCCCGAUGAAGAUGAAGAUGGCCACUCCCAAGCCGAUGAAGAUGAAAAUGAUGGCUGCGACCCCGAUGAAGGCCAAGUCUCCGGUGAUGGUGAAGGCACCGAGUCCGAUGAAGAUGAUGGCGGCGGCUCCCAAAAUGAUUGACGAGAAGGCGGCCUUCGCGGCGCUGGCUCCCUACAAGCCGCCCAUGCGCAAGAAGAUGGCCAUGGCCAUGAAAAUGAAGAAGCCCAUGAAGGUAUAGAUAAUACUUCGAUUGCAGCCAUGCAUUACAAAUCUCUCUCUUAAGGAAAAUCCGCAUUACAAAUUCCAUUUCGUCAUGCUGACCAAAUUUGUGAUGCGAUUUCGUCAUGCACAUCAACAUCAACUUCGACAUCCACGGUACACAACUAGUACAAAAAACACCUUCAGAUGACCAUGAAGAUGAAGAAGGCAAUGAUGGUUGCCCCGAAACCUACUCCGAUGAAAAUGACCAUGAAGAUGAUGGCUGCCCCGAUGGUAUCAAAUGCAAAUAUGUCUGGGUCUGGAAACUUGUGAUGCUAAAAUGUGGAUGAUGGAAACAGUUCCGAAUGCAAUCUAGCAUGACAACUUUCCAGAACGCUUUCUCAUGGGCAAUCCGCAUGAGAAACUGCGUGCUGCUUGCUUCCUUGUACAAAAGAGGCUGCGACUUUUGUUCGUUAUGCAAUACAGAUUUCCGAGGUAUGGAAAGCUAGCAUCCCAAGUUCCAACCUUCCAGACCCAGACAUAUUUGCAGUGGAUAGAUGGUUGUCGCUCCCCCGCCGAAGCCGAUGAAGAUGAAGAUGAUGAUGAAGAAGAUGGCUCCCGCCCCGAAGCCGGCCCCGAUGAAAGCGAAGAUGAUGAAGAUGAUGAAGGCGGCAGCGCCGAAGCCCGCCCCGGUGAUGAAGGCGACGCCGAUGAUGAAGAUGAUGGCCGUAUCAAAAUGAAGAAUCCCCCCUCCCCAUAUCAAAGCGGAUAUUUGUGAUGCUGAUUUGUGGCCACAAGUCACCUUUGUCAUGCAUAUAAUGCAAGGGGAGCUAUUUGACGCAUUUUUCCAGAGCAAGUCCGUCAUGCGCAUUCGACUACUGCAAACCUGUUUGCCAUGCACAAUUGCUCGCCUUCUGCAUUAUACCCAACGAGCAGGCUUAGAAAAUACCGCCAAGCACUUUCUGCAAGACAGAUCUGAUUUGUCUACGCAAAUCCAGCAUCAGAGAUUUCGUUGCGAUAUGGGGAGGGGGGAUUUUUCCUUGCGAUACGCCGCCCCGACCCCGAUGAAGAUGAAAUCUAAGAUGAUGGCCGCCGCUCCAGCUCCCGUGGCGCCGAAGCCGCAGAUGCUGAAGGAGAUCGCGGACAAGAUGACCAGCAUGAAGACAAUGAAGGCGCUGGGAAAGUCCGAGAUCGACUACCUGAAGGCGAUCUUCAAGAAGGCCGACGUGAACAAGGACGGUACGCUCAGUCUGUCCGAGUUCAAGGCCGCGGCGCUUGGAGGCCCGGGCAAGAACAAGGAGGCCAAGCUGAUCACCGCCCACACCGGGAAAAUCAUGAAGAGCCUGAUGAAGAUGAAGAAGUAA